AUGCGUGGAACCACGCUCGCUUCGAGCGUUGGUCCGGCACGCGCCGCGUCAAUGCGGGUGGUCACGUCAACAUUAAGGCCAACGUCGAUCGAUUUUGUGUCCACGACGCUCAUCGUGGACGACCUCGUCUUCGCCGACGGGACGACGCGGAUGGCCGUGCUCGGCGGAGGUGGACCGCAAACGCUCUUUGGUGCGGCGCUCCAUCGUGACGCGCUCACUUUGGGGCUCGUCGCUGGCGUUGGAACAUUGGACUGUCCAUCGGAGUGCGUUGAGUGGCUGGAGCGAAUUGGCGUGGACGUGAGCGGUUUGUUACCGAUGUCGGGAAUGCAGACUCCGAGGGCGUGGCAAAUCACGGAGAGCGACGGUCGACGGACGCAGGUCUGGCGUCCCGUCGCGAGUGAUGCCUUGUACGAAAUGCUGCGACCUCGUUUCGAGACGUGGCCGGAGCGGUUUAGAAACGCGCGCGCGGUUCACUUCGGGCUACACCCUGAGCGUCCGGACUACGAGCUCGUUCGAGCGCUUCGUGAAGACGGCGAAGUGGGACUGGUAUCUAUCGAACCGUUCACGCACGCGCUCAAUCCGCUUUCGGUUGGCGAACUUCAACGUCUCGCUUCUCUCGGAGACGUCUUCAGUCCGAACGAGCGCGAGGCGAAGUCGUUCUUUCGAGACGGCGAAAAGAUGUCGACGAUGGAUUUAGUCAAGGCGCUGUGCGACGCCGGAGCGCAAACUGUUUGCAUCCGACGCGGGUCAAAAGGUGCAGUCGUGUACGACACGCAUAAGAAUCUAGGGUACCAGUGCGGCGCGUAUUCGAACUGUCGCGUUGUCGACGAAACGGGAUGCGGCAACGCGUUUUGCGGAGGAUUUGCCGCAGCGUUGUGUUCGGGAGAGACGAUACUGGAUGGAUUAGUGCUCGGCAUAGCCGCAUCGAGCAUCAUGCUCGAACACGUCGGCGUUCCUGUUGGGUCGAUCGAACGUGAGCACAGGCCGGAGGCCGCGAGACGGGCGAAGAUCAUAGCGGCAGAAGUAGAGGAAUUCCGGUUAUUAGCAAACUGA